AUGCUGUUUUGUGUAAAUAAAGAUGGGCAAAAAGAAAACUCUCGGAAAAAGAAAACAAUUAAAACGUCUAAGAGAACAACUCCGUAUUUUGAACGAAGGAAAAAAAAAAAACCAAACAUUUCAUUCAUUGAGCUUGAGAAUGUGACGAAUAAAACGGCGCCCACGGUAUUAGAGAAUGGACUGCACGAAGACGGAUCGGCACGCGGCGCGAGCGACUCGAGCGGCGCGCCGGCGGUGCGCACGUCGUUGUCGGCGGCGGCGGCUGGCCAUUUGGAACAGGGAAAAGGGGACUCGUCGCUAUCUAUUGACAGUACGGACAAGUUUCCAGACGAAGAGCACACGUCAGAUAGAAAUCAUGCAGAAAUCAAUGAAGAAUCAGACGAAAGAAGAAUCAUAGACCUUAAAUAUUUUCUAAAAGAAUUAAAAACAAUUUCGAACCACUCAACAGCCUUCGGUUGCGGUAUAAAUAAUUUGGAGUUGAUAGGGGGAGAAAAGGUUAGGUUUGAUUUCAAAAUUAAAAUUCAAAUGCAAUAUGUGUAA